ACAAAAAGUCAAAAUAAAAUGCCCAAAAACAGAAACAAAAUGUCGUCAAGAUAAAAAAUGAAAGCAAGGCAAAUGAAAUGAAAUAGGAUUUUAGAGGAUUAAUUUGGUUUAUUGGUUUCCUCAAAAUUUAUUAAUACAGUAAUUUUGUUUUUAGCUGUAAAUAUAAACGUGCAAUAUCUCAAAUUUGUACGUAAAAUCAACUUUAAUAUGGAAAUAGAGCAAGAUGCUAGUGAGAAGACUUGUAAAAUAGAAAUAGAUGAGGCAUGUGAUGGUCCUUUGGAUGUCUUCAAAAUUGAAAUUACGGAAGAACCCAAGAGAGAACCCAACGCAUUUGAUAAUCCAGAUUUUAAUAAGUUCCCGGUAAAUCCUGAAGUAGAGCAAGUUGAAUAUAAAUUUACCCUAUCUGAAAAAAAGCAAACAAGCAGUGAAGAAGGUUGUCCCCAUGAAGAGGACAAAAUGAAAAUGAUGGAAACUUUACUUUCACCUCAUCAGGGAAAAUAUAACGGUCAACAAAUCGAAGGAAAAAUAUUAAUUAAAAAUAGGAAAGUUGGGACUGGACAAAAACCUUACAAAUGUGAAAUUUGUUCUAAGCAAUUUGGUGAUGCAGGAAAUUUGACAAGACACUUAAGAAUACACACUGGAGGAACGCUUUACAAGUGUGAUAUUUGUUUUAAGCAAUUUACUCGAGCAGGCAGUUUGAAAAUACACUUAAGAACACACACUGGAGAAAAGCCAUAUAAGUGUGAAAUUUGUUUUAAGCAAUUUACUUAUGCAAGGAAUUUAAAAGAACACUUAAGAGUGCACACUGGAGAAAAGCCUUACAAGUGUGAAAUUUGUUUUAAACAAUUUGGUGAUGUAGGAAAUUUGACAAGACACUUAAGAAUACACACUGGAGAAACGCCUUACAAGUGUGAUAUUUGUUUUAAGCAAUUUACUUUUGCAAGUAGAUUAAAACAACACUUAAGAAUACACACUGGAGAAAAGCCUCACAAGUGUGAAAUUUGUUUUAAACAAUUUAGUCAAAUCAGUCAAUUAAAAACACAUUUGAGAACGCACACCGCAGAAAAGUCUUACAAGUGUGAUAUUUGUUCUAAUCAAUUUAGUGAAGCAGGAAAUUUAAAACUACACUUACGAACACACACUGGAGAAAAGCCUUACAAGUGUGAAAUUUGUUUUAGGCAAUUUACUUUUGCAAGCAAUUUAAAAGAACACUUAAGAAUGCACACUGGAGAAAAGCCUUACAAGUGUGAAAUUUGUUUUAAGCAGUGUAGUAAAUCAGGUAAUUUAAAAAAACACUUAAGAACACACACUGGAGAAAAGCCUUACAAGUGUGAAAUCUGUUUUCAGCAAUUUACUCAAGUAGGCAGUUUGAAAAAUCACUUAAGAUUGCACACUGGAGAAAAGCCUUACAAGUGUGAAGUUUGCUUUAAGCAAUUUAGUCAAUCAGGUGAUUUGAAAAGACAUUUGAGAGUGCACACGAGAGAAACACCUUACAAGUGUGAAAUUUGUUUUAAACAAUUUAGUACAACAGGAUAUUUGAAAACACACUUACGAAUGCACACUGGAGAAAAACCUCACAAGUGUGAGAUUUGUUUUAAGCAAUUUUCCCUAACAGAUACUUUGAAAAGACAUUUGAUAAUACACACUGGAGAAAAGCCUCACAAGUGUGAAAUUUGUUUUCAGCAAUUUACUCAAGCAGGCAGUUUGAAAACUCACUUAAGAUUGCACACUGGAGAAACACCUUACAAGUGUGAAAUUUGUUUUAAGCAAUUUAGUCGAUCCUAUGAUUUGAAAAAACAUUCGAGGGUGCAUACUGGAGAACAGCCUCACAAGUGUCAAAUUUGUUUCAAGCAAUUUAGUGCAACAGGAGAUUUGAAAACGCAUUUAAGGGUGCAUACUGGAGAAAAACCUUACAAGUGUGAGAUUUGUUUUAGUCAGUUUUCUGUGAAAUGCAAUUUGAAAUCCCAUUUGAGAUUGCACACUGGGGAGAAACCUCAGACAUGUGUGAAACUUGUUUAAAACAGUAUAUUCAGAGGCGUAACAGAGGCCUCCGCAGCAUAAAGCUUGCUGGGGCCCAUAUUAUCUUCUAAUGUAAUGUAAAAAUAAGGUAGGUGACCCAAAUAAGGCCACGUUAACGUUUGAUUUUUUUUAAGGAGGCAUUUGAAUUAGAAAAUAACAAAAUAGCUUUAAAUGUCAGUUAACUUACCGACAACCUAUACUACUUUCGUUUUUACUGAUAUAUUGUUAUGAAUAUUAAUUGUUUUUAAUUGUAACCUUUUUUGGUAAUUCUCCGUAUUAGGGCCAGGUGUUCUGAAUAAUGCCAAUAAGAAUAAACCAUUUUGUGUUCAAUUGGGUUAAAAAGAAAUACAACUGACUGCAAAUGAAAGUCAAAUUUAUUCUACAUAUUUUAUGUUGAAAAAUGAAACAAAAUAAUUUUGAAUUUGAAAUAUUGAAUGAUUUAUUUACAAAGUAAAUAUUUUUUAAACAGCACAUUUUGGGCAGAUAAAUGCGUCCUGGACAUAUCGUCCACAGGCUAAGCACAUCCUCAUAUCUCUGAUCGGGUCCUCGUCACAAACGAGGCAGUACCAUGAUUCCUUGUGGGGUAGGUCUCGCUGUGAAGACUUUUUUGAUGGCUUCUUAAUUGUACCACUUGUACAUGGUAGGGACGUAUCAACAAUUUUACUCCUUUGAAGAUUCUUUUUUCAUUUUCAUUUGGAGGCGUUUGGGCUGGUCAUUUUUGUUUUUAAUAAUUUUCGGUGCAGCAUCGCCUUUAUCAGAAAGAGCAUCAAACAAGUUAACAUCAUUUUGGUUUUAAUCUUGGGAGUGAAUAACAUUUCUGUGAAAGAUUUGUUUAGCUUAGAUGUGGUGUCUUCAAAGGAAACAGUUGGUACAGGUUCCAUAUCUUCAUUGUCUGAUAUGUCGUGAAUCGAGUAUUUUGAAGAAUCAUCACUGUCAGAGCUAACGUCUUGGUGGUUGGAAGUACGUUUAGGAGGUAUAGUUUUGGUGCUUUUAGCUGAAGGUUGAUUCAUUGGUUCUGCAGAAGUACUUUGUUCAGUUUCUGCACUUCUGAUUUGUGGUGUUUGAAUCUUGCUCAUUUCCAUUUUCAUCAAUUGGAUUUUCAAGUUCGGUUAGGCAUGAAGGUGCAUAAGCGCUCUCUGGAAUCACCGAUGGAUUGAAAGGGUAAAUUCCCGUAGCUUUGAACCCGGAGAAAAUAUUUCCUGGUGUCGUAGCCUUAGCCCAAAAUUCAGAAAAUAUUCGUCCAAAGACUGUGCGUCUUAUCGAGCGUUCAGGAUUAUUCAUCCAAAAACGAAGAACCUCAUCCCAAAACAAUUCGAAAGAUUUGAAAACAGACUUAUCCAUAGGCUGUAGUUCAUGGGUUGUAUUGCUUGGUAGACAAAACAGUAUAAUGCCGUACUUUUCAGCAGCUUUAACAAUAUUUGCAUAUAAAUGAGACUUAACCCGGCAGUGGUCGCUAUAUGAGAUUUUCUCUCACGGUUUCAGAAAAUUGCGCACAACUUUUUUUCUGGGAAAUUAUACGCGCUGUAGUUCCUUCUAGUUUCCUAACUAUCCUCCCUCAGCAAUCUAAUAUACUCGUCCGCUCAGAUAGUGACUCAGUUUACUUAGUAUCACCAUAUUGUUGAGUCGGUGCGCUUCAUGUGAGAGAUUAUCUCAUCAAGCGACCACCGGCGCCACCAACUGUGUAUAAAAAUUAAUUUUAUUUUUCCCCUUAAAACCUGAAAUAAUAUCCUUUUAUUAGGGUUACCAUACGUCCGGACAGUCCGGAUUUGAAGGACAUGUCCGGAUUGGCGUCAGGAUAUGAGAAAUGUCCGGAUUUUUUUUCUUUACUAAAAAAAAUGGAAAAUACUAGGCCCAACGGUGAGAAAUUUCAUUCUGCGCAGCACCUUAGGUCUAAAGUAUGUUAAAACAUAGGCAGGGCCGCCCAGAGCCAGGCCGGGCCCCGGGGAUGAGACCCGGCCGCCCCCCCCCCAAACCCAGUUGAACGAAAAUUCCCAAAAAUCUGAUAACUCAUAAACUGGGAUAUGUAAUAGUGAAUACUCAUGCUAUUGACACAGGAAGGAAGAAAAUUAAAACAGUUUUAACAAUUAAACUUUGUUUUUAAUUAUUUACAAUAGAACUGUUAUUUACAACAUAACUUUUCUUGCUUUCAUAUCUACAAAGUUUUGGAUCACGUGGUCGAAAUCAAGAGUUUUUGCAAGUUUCGACUCUAUGCUUAACAGUCCCAAAUCAGAUAAUCGUUGUUGACCCAUAGUAGAUCUUAAACUUAUAUUAUUGCCUUAUUGCCUUUUCCAAAUGCAUAAUAUUCCUUAUAAUAAUUUCAUAAUUAAAACCGCAAGCAAAUUCAAUCUGUUGUAAAAUAUUUUAAUAAAAGGAAUUUUUUUAAAUUUGCUAACGGCCGGGCCCCGGGAAUUUUGCCCCCCCCCCCUGCCCCCCCCUCUGGUCGGGCCUGAACAUAGGUGUAUAUUAUGUAUUUUAAACUGGCAGAGAUUUUCGAUGUUAGUUGUAUAUUGUAGCGAAACAGCUGUACUUUUAAUUGUGCCAUAUGCAUUUCGCAUAUAUGUACAAUGUAGAGGUAGCAACACGGUCAAAUUCACAUUUUACAUUUUCUACAACCCAUUGGACUACCCCUGUCCGGAUUUGGCCUUAAUAAAUUAUGGCAACCCUACCUUUUAUGAUGUAAUAAAAGGCGCCGUGGAUGUGGUCGAUGAUAUGAAAAUCCUAUAUUCUGUAUCACGGGUUAGUUGUAGAUGGUCACUUACCAUAUAUUUUUCAAUGUUAAAUAUUGGCGGCAUCAAUAGUCACAUUUUAUAUAAAGAUAAUAAUAAUAAAACAGAAAAGCAAAUGACUUUAUUGUUGAUGAAACCUCAUCUUUUUUGUAAAAUUUUGUAAAGAAUGGCAAAAUUUGGAUAUGUGAGAGAAAAUCUCACGCGCGACCACUCGCGUAACAACCUACCUAGCGACCAAUGCCGGGUUAACACCAUCAAACAUCAACAAAGUAUUUUUAUCUCCAACUCAAAACUGUUAAAAAUGUUCGAUCCACUUCACAAAAACGUUGUGUGCCAUACUUCCGUUGGGUGUCAUAACUACCCCUUGGUUCCAGAAAAAUGAUUUUCUUCCCAUUAUGGUUUGAGCCUCUGACCCUUAAAUAAUAUCAUUGGUGGUAUGUACUGACCACUAGCAUUGGCACAUGACACGAUUGUCACGUUUUCUGCGUACUCAGGUGCUAGUAUAUGCACUCUCUUUGUCCCUUUUUUGGCAAGAACUUACUGUUGGUGGUGCAGUGUCAAACGGCAACCCUUUUCAUCGAUAUUGUAAAUAUUCUGGAGCUUUCCAGCAACAUCCAAUUCUUCCAUGACUACCUUCAAUUUGUCAAAGUAAUCAGUGACAAUCACUUUAUUAAGGUUACCCAGCAAACAGACCGACGUGUUAAUUACGUGAAUUUUAGGUACAUUUGUCACCAAUAUACGUAAAUUGUUUACGUGAAUUUCACGUGAAAAUUUGGUUGGAAUGUCACAUUGAAAAUACGUCUUUAAAUUACGUGAAUAACUCGUCUUCAAUAGACGUGUUAUUUACCUUAAAUAGCAAUAAAAUCUUUCGGGAUAUUCACGUUGCAAAUACGUGUUGAUUAACGUAUCUUUUAGGAAAUGUAUAUAUUAGUAUUCACGUGAAAGAUACGUCCUCGGUUCACGUAAAUAAUUCGACCUUAAUUAACUUAUGAAUCACGUAAUUAUUAUCCAUAUAAUAUAAAUAAAACAAGCAUAUAAAGUAUUAACAAUGUAUUUAUUUAGUAGAAUUUAGAGACUUUAAAACAUUUGUCCUGUAUAAUUAUUAUAUAAGAUAAUGAACCAAAAAAUACCGACCUAAAGACACAUUAAAAAAUUUGCCAACACAAAACACAACACAGGUAACUUUUUAUUUCGAGGAGGACACUUCGACACUUUCUUGUUUUUUCUAAUUGCAUCAUGGCACUUCAACCCUCGAGCAGUGAGGUGAACGUUAAUACGAAAGACAUUAUACUAUAAAUAAACCCGCCUAAAAUAAAACGAGGGAAAUAAAGCUCUUCACGUUUCACUUUUUGUUGUGAUGAGAGUGAGAAGCCAGAAGCCAGAGAAGCUGAUGCUGCUGAUGUUAGAGGUAAUGAUAAUCGAUUAUAAAAAUCGAUUAUUUUUAAAUUAUAGUUAAACUAUUCUACUUACCUUAAAUUAGUAUUACGAAUUUUCUUUUUGUUUUUAAAUUUCUUCUACUAUUAACUAAUUGGUCUUACUAAAAAUCUAUUUCAAUACCAGAAUAAUAUAAAAAAAUAAUCCUAUCGAAACGUAUCUAUUAUUCGAUAAAUCGAUUAAUUUAGUUUUCGAACCAACUAUGUUAGUCACGUGAUGGUAUUUAAAGGAGGAGAAAUGUUUGGUAGUACUUCAUCACCGCGCGCGAUUUGAAAAUAAGACUCAACAUCAUUUUAGCUCAUGGGAUAUUUUUAAAGAAAAAAAUAGCUUCAAAUCAAGGUUGGAUUGAAAUAGUUAUGCUAAAUGAUCUUAAAAGCGAAAUCAUAAACUUUUUGUUUAAAUAUUGGUAUUAUUUACAUGACUUUUACGUGAAAUACAUCUAAUUUUUCGACGUCCAUAAAAUACAAUGAGUAAAAUUCAAGCGAUACGUAUUUAACCAAAAGCGUUGUAAAAUUUUUGUUUCCAAAAUAUUUCUCAAAAUUUAACCAAAGGAAGUUAUUUCUGUUUCGUGAUUAUUACGUGAAAUAAACGUACCUUUGCGAUGUAACCAAAAUUCACAAAUAUUAUAAAAAACAUGUACUAUAUUCGUCAUUAUGAUUUUAUAUUAUUCUAAUGUCAAAUAUGUAUAAAGAAAGCACAAAUAUAUAGGUGAAUGAUUUGGCACUGAAAUACGUUUUUUUCCCGUCAUAAAUCACCGAGUUACGUAUUCGUUGAAAUUUGCCGUAAAUUUAACGUAAUUAUCACGUAAUUGGGCUCAAGUCUGUUUGCUGGGUACUUGCUCUUGCUGGAUUCAAAUUGUGUGUUUUACGCCUAGCCACAUCAGGGUGGCGACCCAAAAAUAGUCUCAACCACUUACGCCCAGCUUUUUAUUACAUUAGGUUAAAAUUAUGUAGAAUAUUGUUUUCCUCACAGAAAGAAAACACACUUCUUCCAAUUAUCUUGUUAGUAAUAGGCAUUCCAACCUCAACGAGACGAAAGACGAAAGAUUCUGGAGCAAAGUUCAGUUUCUUGAUCAGAUAAUAAAAUCGUAUUUACACCUAAUUUUCUAGUUGAUAUACAUGUCAAAUGGUUUCGUAAGGUCCUAGGUAUCCGGAAUUACUAAGCAUUUAUAAUUUUUUGGGCAAAAUCAUUAAAAGGUGGGAUCAUCUGCUAACAAUGCAGAAAAACGUCCAACCAAAAUCAUAUAUUAUUACCAAAAACAUAAUUAUGUGAUAUAUUAGUUUUCGAUUAUUUGUAUUUCGCGCGGUGUCACUGCUCAUUUUGACAUCAUUGACCAUCCCACUACACUGUAAUAGUCUAUUGGCUGUGAGUUUCGACGGUAGCGCUAUCUCGCGGUUUGAAACUUAUACUUUUCUGAUAAAAUUUAUGUAUGUGAAAUAUACAAAACGAGAAAAAUAGAUACUUAUCUAGAAAGACACAAAUUAUGAACUGAAAUAUUAUUGUAACCUGAUUACUAAACGAAUACACAGAAUUAAUAGUAAAAUUAAUUAUGUUUUUUUAUUUUAUUCAUUAUAAUUUUAAUAUUUAAUAUAUAAGUUCGUGAGACUGGAUGACUGCUUACGCAAGAGACCAUUGAGAAAAAGAAUAAGUUUAUAUGAAUUAUUUAACAUUUUAAAGGUUACCUCUGUUUAUUUUUGUGUGCUUACUGCUUUGCUUAUUAAAAUUUGUAAUUUGUAUGAAUUGUAAUUUGUUUGAAUUCUAUCAAAAUGGAUAUUAAACAUUAUACUGGAUUCAAGUCUUAUUUCCCAUGAUAUCCAAUUUCAAUCAGCAACACCAAAAAAGGAAAGGAUUUAGUUGACACAGGACAUGUACGCAAUGUUUCCGAAUAUAAUAACUGCAUCCAGUACUGUUAUAUUCAAUAUUUUUACAUGAAUCAAUACAAGAGCUGCAAUAUCUUGUUUUCUUUUUUGAAAAAUCCAUAUUACCCGCCAUUUCAGUUUGUGAAGUUUAUCAAAUGCACAAAACAAAACUGCCAACAGCCACUAACACAGCGUUGCCACAUUUUAUUUAGAAAAUCUACUGUAAGUUUAGCUUACUAUUAUAAAAUCUACUUAUCAAAAACUAAAAUAUACUAUAUAACUUUAUUAAUAUAUUUGUAUAUAAUUUAGGACUUUUUAUAAUAAAAAUAACAGCUGACUAACUAGAAAUUUUUUUUAUUUAGCUAAUGCCUCGACAACUAAUGGGCAUUGGCAUGGUGAUGGUACAGUGGAUUUUACCAUAGGUAGCUAGUGUUAUUGUGUAGUGUGUGUGUUGAGUAAGUGUCUUGUUACUUUGCAAAGUCGAUGUCAUUGUCUUUGCAGAGGCGCUAAUUAUAUCCGAACGUCUGCGGUCCCUCCGGUGGGUACCGAUCACACAAGGAUAGAAACUAUUUUCAUUUAUUAAUUUAUAAUAAACGAAAAAUUCUCUACCCUGGUGAGAUUCGAGUUCACGACCAUUCGGACCUUUCGAUCCAAAGGUAGGCGCUCUUACCACUGAGCCACAGAGGGAGUUUAACUAGAAAUUAAUACGACUGUUUGUAAACAAAAACCAAACUUUUUUAUAUUUUAACUGGGGAACAAAAUGACCAACUAUAAUUAAUUUUUAUCAGUUUCAUAUUUAAUAUUUGUAUAUAAUAUUUUGUCAUCCACUGAUUUUAACAUCUGCAUGUCUGGAUCACAUUCUUUAAACAAUUAUUUCGCAUUUUACAUUAGAAACACGCAAACACAACAUUUGUUGUUUUGCAAAUAUUUUAGUUUUCCAUCGUUAGCUUCUAAAGGCCGCGUCUCACCAUCAAAUAAUUUGAUCAAACAGUUUGAGCAAACUCCGGAAGUACGUCAAAGUAACGUCACAAUUGCAGUUUUUUUGAAAUUCUAAAAAUCUGUGCUCUCACUAUCAGUCUAGUUUGAUCAAACUUUUUGUAUUGAGUUGUCCAACUUGUUUGUACUUUAUUUAAAAUUAAAAUUUUUCAUCAGGAUGUGACGUCACUAACUGUCACUUUCAGUUUGCUCAAACCAGUUUGAUCAAAUUAUUUGAUGGUGGGACGCGGCCUUAACAGGUUCACCGAAUACCAGAACUCUUCAAUAACACCUGAAAUAGGUACUGAUUGCACUGCUACUUGAAAUCUGCAAGUUUGUUACACCAGAAUCCAGUUUCAUUUCUGUUUAAUAUUCAUCAUCUACGUCCUGGGGCUAGAUUCCGUGCACUGUAGAUAUCUACACUUCGAUUUCUAUCGAUGUCAAUUGUCGUGAAAAUAUUUGAAUUGUUAGCUUUAAUUGAAUUAUUUUCUAGUUUUGCUAGUUGAUGCUGAAGUGAAAGAAAAUAUUUGAAUUAAAACUAAAAAUUCAAAUAUAUUGACAUUGAUAGAAAGCGGUCGGCGGUGUUAGCGAUUGUACACAGAAUCCCACCCCUGAAUCUUAUUUUCGGUAAUGACAUUGGGAAAUUGUAACAAAAUGUCUAAAAAUUAAUUUAGAAAUGGGGUAAAUACUAUUAAAAAGCAAAUUUUAUUUUAGUCAUAAAAAAUGUUGAAAUAUACCAAAAAUCUUCUAAAAAAUAUUGCCUACUAGAAUUUUUUUAAAAAUUUUCAAAAAUCUACCAAAAAAGUAGAAAUCUACUAAAUGUGGCAACGCUGCACUACCAGCGCUGGUGAAAACCGUCAAAUCCCCUCUCCUCUACCCAUGGCGCGCCAUUUAAAUUUAUCAGAUAAAUGCACAAAACUGCCACUAACAGCGCUGGCGAAAGCUGUCAAAUCCCCUCUACCCAUCGGCUCAUGGCCAAUAAGGAAAUUGUAACCUGUAUCUCUCUCUUGUAUGUUACUUCAAUUGUACAAUAAAACUAGUCCGUUAAAA